CUAAAUAAUAAACUAGAUUUUAGAAAACUUAAACCAUUUAAAAUUUUAAAAAAAAUUAGAAAAGUUAACUAUAAGUUAAACCUACCCAAUAACAUAAAAUUAAAAACAGCUGUUUUUUACAUUUUAUUACUAGAAAAAGCACUAGUAAACAAAGAAACAGGCAAGCCAAUUAUAGACAAAAUCAUUAUCCAAGACAAAGAAGAAGAAUAUAAAAUUAAUAAAAUAACUUGUAUGUAA